AUGGCUUCCACUGAUGCGUUUGGAUGGUAUGGGCUCGGUUCCAUGGGCAUUGGCAUGGCCCUGAACCUGCAGAAGCAUCUCGCUUCCAAGGGUAUGUCGCCGCUUCACUACAGCAACCGGACUCUGUCGCGAGGCGAAGCCCUCAAAGAGGCUGGUGCGAUCCCGGAAGCGACCUUUGAAGAUGUUGUCGCCAAGUCGACCAUUAUCUUCACCAUGAUCUCCAACGACCAGGUUCUCGACGACCUCGUGAGCCAGGCUCUCGCCAGCUCUGCCUCCCUCGCGGGCAAGAUCUGGGUUGAUACCUCGACCGUCCACCCGGACACCAGCACGAAGUGCGCAAAGCGGCUCGGGGAAAAGGGAGCCACGUUUGUGGCCUCACCCGUCUUCGGUGCCAGUCCGGUCGCCGCCUCUGGCCAGCUCAUCUUCUCCAUGGCUGGCCCGGCCGCUGUGAUCGAGAAGCUCACCCCCUUCGUCGUCGGCGUGAUGGGCCGGCAGAUCAUUAACAUGGGCGAGGAUGUGUCCAAGUCGAGCCUGCUCAAGAUCUCGGGCAACAUCUUCGUUAUCGGGCUCCAGGAACUCGUGGCUGAAGCACACGUGUUUGCCGAGAAGACAGGUCUUGGCACGGCACAGAUGGAACAGUUCAUCGGCAGCAUGUUCGGGCCCGUUCUCGAAAGCUACUCGAAGCGGAUGACUACCGGCGCUUACGCACCGCCACUCGACGUCAAGCCCGGGUUUGGCGUCGAUCUGGCAUCCAAGGACGCUCGCCAUGCCGUUUCCAUCGCCAAGGACAACGGCACCACCCUUCCUACAAUUUCGACCGCCCUGGCUCGCAUGACAGCUGCCCGCGAGUACGCUGGCGAGUCCCUGGACAGCUCUUCUCUGUAUGGCACAGCCCGAUUGGAAGCCGGUCUUCCUUUCUGGAGUGAAAACAGCAGACAAGGAAACUAG